CAUUGGAUUCGUUUUAGGCAGCGGGCUGUCGAAAUUUGUUAAUAAAUAAUUAGGUAAUAAGUAAAAUUAUGUUUAGGAAGCUGUCCUUGCGCUCACUGCGCCUCACCUGCGCGUUUACGCAGUGUAAGUAUGCGACUAAUGGCCAGACGUCGCAAGUUCCUGUAACCGCGGCACUGGAGGGAUGGACGGCCAAACUGAAGGCCGCCGGCAUUGAGGACACGGACUUCAACAUCAAGUGCAUCGUGUCGCAUGUCCUAAACCGAAAAUUCAAUACGGUGCCCGAUUUCUACGCCCAGCUCCACUUCAAUGCAACGCAGCUAGCGGACUUCGAGCGUUUCCUGGAGGCGCGAUGUGCGCGAAUGCCCCUUCAGCACAUUAUCGGGGAGUGGGAUUUCAUGGACAUCACUUUAAAAACUGCGCCCACUGUCUUCAUACCGCGGCCCGAAACGGAGGAGUUUGUGCGCUUGGUCAUCGAGAACUAUAAGGACGCCAAGCACGUCAACUUAUUGGAAGUUGGCUGUGGCUCAGGUGCCAUGUCCCUGUCUAUGCUGCACACAUUACCACAGGUGGUCUCUACUGCCAUCGAGAGGAGCAAGGCGGCCACAAUACUGGCGGCAGAGAACGCCAAGCUAUUAGGGCUAGAGGCUCGUUUUAAUGUGCACAACUACACCAUGGAGGAGGACAAGUACUUGCCGGAGGAGCUGAAGGACCAGAAGUAUGACUUAAUCAUUUCCAAUCCGCCGUAUGUCAAGACGGAGGAGUUUCAGUAUCUGCAUCCAGAGGUCGUUGUGUAUGAGAAUCUGAACGCCCUGGAUGGUGGUUCCGAUGGGUUGAGAGUGGCUCGUCUGGUCUUUGAGCUGGCCUGCCGCCACCUGCACUCUGGUGGCCAACUUUGGCUCGAGCUCGGCAACGACCAUCCGCCGAUGGUGAAGACCAUUAUGGAUUUGAAGUAUGAGGGCCGGCUCAAGUUUCUGGCCAGCUACAACGACCAGUACAAGCGUGAGCGAUUUGUUCAGAUCGAGAAAGUCUAGAAGGGAUACCCAUACUCAUACCGCUGCCUAUAUGGAUAACCCAUUUUCCUGAUACGACUAGCACAAUGCAAUUAGCUAUUAGGAUGCCCAUGCAUUUAGCUGUGAUCCGGAAUCAUGACCACAAAACCUGAAAGCUGCCCAGAGGCUAACCCCUUUAUUUAUGCAAUAUAAAUAUAUUCUUAGUGCUCGAACUGAA